CGCUGAUUGUUCAGCGAUAAGAACUUGUCUUUUCAUUUCCUUCAUCCGCCCUCCCUCUCUCGGCUGCCUUCUGCUCUCUUCCUCCUGCUUGGCGGAACUCGAAGCUGGAAACGGAAUGGAUGCCGAUGCCCUGUCCAAGGCCUUCGUCGAGCACUACUACUCCACGUUCGAUGGGAAUCGUGCUGGCCUAGCGAAUCUCUACCAGGAAGCUUCGAUGUUGUCAUUCGAAGGUCAAAAGAUCCAAGGUUCACAAAACAUCGUCGCUAAACUCACCAGUCUCCCCUUCCAGCAGUGCCAGCACAGUAUCUCCACCGUCGAUUGCCAGCCUUCGGGCCCCGCCGGUGGCAUGCUCGUCUUCGUCAGUGGGAACCUCCAACUCGCCGGUGAACAGCACGCUCUUAAGUUUAGCCAGAUGUUCCAUUUGAUGCCGACACCCCAGGGAAGCUUCUAUGUGUUGAAUGACAUAUUCAGGUUGAACUAUGCAUGAAGACAUGGUUGCCUUAAUUUACCAGAGGCAUGGGAAUACAACAUCCAGGAUUGAGACUAGUUUGCUCAUCCUAGUCCCAUUCCCGGAUCUCUUUUUUUUUUUUUUUUUUUUUGUGGGGGUGGGGGAUGGGGGUUAUUCACCACAAUUCAGAGACACGUCUGUGGUAUGAUUGAUUGAGCUGGUAAAAUAUGUUUCCUUAUGAGUUGAAUGUUUCAGGACUUAUUACCUUAUUAGUUAGCCGAUGUCUAUUGGGCAUAAUUCUUAAGCAAUGAAUCAAAAAUCUCUGUUUUUAUGCUUGUUCCCCCUGUUUCUAGGGAUCAGUCUAAACUGCCCCGUAUAAUAUAAAUUCUUUCAAGUU